AGGCGGCUUCCCCCAGUCGGGGUGGUAGAGUCUUGAUUUGGUUUUUUGAUAUUUUUUUUCCUUUAAAACUACCACGUAAAAACCACAAGAAGAAUCUAUCAUAAGUACUUAAAGCGAGACAACAAAUUUUUUGCAAAACGACGAGAAAAACUGAACAAUCUAUCAAUAUCAAACGACCAUUACAUAUCUGCGUGAUAAUUUCGUAUUGAAUCAUCGACGAACUGGAACUUCGUCACGACUUUCAACCUCCGCAACCAACAAACAUAACCAACUACAAACAAAAAGAUGGCUGGUUUACCGAUAGUGGGUCACUUCGGAAGAGAAGAAAUACAUAGGGAUCACUUCUUGUCGACAACUUAUGCCGAAUGGGAUGGCGAGCCGGCAUAUGCAAGCGCCCAUUUUGUCCAACUCCCGGUCUCAUCAAGCACUAAAAACGACAACGCGGUCAUAUCGUUGCCGCGAGAGGUAUUAACCAGGCCUACUAGAAAUGUUUAUGGACGAUAAAAAUUAUACUGUUCAACAAUGUUAUAAUGAAAGUAAGUAAGCACCACUUAGAUAUCUUGACUUCGUGAUCCUUAGUAUCAUGUUUCAAAUCAUGCUUUCUUCUUCUACUUAUUAACUCCACCUGCUGCAAUGCACCAUCGUCGACCAUACAGAUCCGAUCCUAUGAGAAUCCAGUGCCGACUUAUAAGCUUGACGACUUAUUUCAGUUACCGAAGAGGUAUAUUGAGCUCUAUAAAACCAAGCUGAGCAAGGAAAUCCAGAGGGAGGAACAAUCGAAGCAGAAAGCGUCGGUAAUCUUUAUAUCUACUUAUUUGCUUCACUACACUUCUCGGACAUGACUUUUUCAUCAUUGUAUUUGCCAAAUCCGAUGACACUUCCACUCGACGCUCCAAGAACAAUCGUAGACAACUUAUUCCACUAGUACAAUAAACCAAUCCGAUUUCACUCUCACAAAAACAUACCUGCUCGACACAGACCGGUCAGCAUAAGGCUGUAGUGCAGGCGUUACGGCAAGUUAGGGAAGAGGAGAAGGACCGAGCGAAAACAGAAGAUACUGAAAAGAGUAGAAAAGUAGCAGAAAUGCAACAGGUAACCCAAGCAACGGAAGCUGAAUGUAGGAGGUUUUUGAAACGAUAUGACUGGGAUGUGAAACUAUCAUGCGAGCAGUACUUUGGAGGGGCGGAGGUUAAUAGCUAAAAACUGUCCUCUUCGAAUGGCUCUACUUAACAUAUUGAGCAACAUAAGCAUACGCAUAUUUCUCCUGGUGAAUGAGCUCCGGAGUGCAACAUAGAAGUCGCCAUAGUUUCCUUCCGCCAAUCCGACAUCACCUGACGCUGAAUCUUCUCGUCUGCCAUCUUACACACAUUCCUCCAUAUCUUGGCGCACAAGCGUAUGCUCUGUUUCCGAAUACGAGGCACAUUCAAAUUGUUCUUCACAAAGGAUGAUUCACAAAUAGCUUUAUCAUAUCGAUCCCCCAGCAUAAACAUUUCCCCCUGAAAAAUGUAAAACGAAGCGGUAGCACAAGAGACACGCAGGAGGUUAGUAGGCACACUGCAGCCACGAAAAGAACACAGAUGAAUUCUCGCUAAAGAUGAAGAUACAACUGAUCUUCCUGAUUGUAGAACAAUUGCGAGAACAACUGUAGUGGUCAAAAUCAGGAUCAAU